UGACCCAGUUACGGGCGUAGUUGUACUUGUGCUGCGUUAUUGCAAAAGAGCUUUAGGUGGAAAGGAAAAGCUGUGUGAAGAUGGAUGUCAUUUUUAUUGGAUCCCUUUUCGUGUGGGUUCUCUUUCUUCUGUGUUCAUUGGAUUUAUGCGCUGGGCAAAUCGUCUACACUGUGACUGAGGAAGGGAAUAAGGCAACUGUUGUUGGAAAUGUGGCGAAGGAUCUUAACCUAAAUGUAAACGAUUUGCAGUCCGGUCAGUUUCAUAUCGUGAAUGGAUUAAACAAGAAUUAUUUUGAGGUAAAUUUAAAAACUGGCGAGCUAUAUGUAGGUGAGAGAAUCGAUCGGGAAAAUAUCUGUCUCACAAGUCAAACUUGCACUUUGAAUAUUGAAGCUAUUGCGCAAAAUCCGCUAAGACUAUUUAGUAUAGGCAUAGACGUAUUAGAUAUAAACGACAACUCUCCUUUAUUUCCGAUAAAGACUUAUCAUUUGAACAUAACAGAAUCUGCAUUUCCUGGUGACAGGUUUCCUUUGCCAAAGGCGAGUGAUGCAGAUGUUGGAAUAAACUCGAUAAGGAGCUACAAGCUCAGUAUAAAUGAUUAUUUUUCAUUAGAUGUACAAAACAAUGGAGGGCAUAGUGUUUAUGCCGAGCUUGUACUUCAAAAAGCGUUAGACAGAGAGAAAAUGACGGUUAUUAAAUUAAUACUGACAGCUGUAGAUGGAGGAAAACCUCCUAGAUCCGGGACUGUAGAGAUUGUUGUUGAUGUAGUUGAUGUCAAUGAUAACACUCCAACAUUCAGUCAACAGCUUUACAAAGUAACAAUACCUGAGAAUACUGUAUAUGGGGUACCCAUCAUCAGGCUUAAUGCAAGCGAUAUUGAUUCAGGUUUAAAUGGACACAUUAUAUACUCUAUAAUUAACCACGGCAAAGACAAGGCAUUGGAAUAUUUUUAUAUAAAUCCGUCAAGUGGUGAAAUUACAGUCAAGGGUGAAUUGGACAGAGAGGAUACCUCUGCGUUUGAACUUCACGUCAAGCGCAUGACAGGGGCACGUCUCCUCGCUCGUCUCAUUGUAAAGUGUUAAUUGAAGUUGUUGACGUUAAUGACAACGCUCCAGUAAUAUCUGUUACGUCGCUCACAAAUACAAUAAAAGAAGAUGCCAUCCCUGGGACGGCAGUUGGGCUUAUAAUGAUUACUGACGG